AUGCAGCCUCUCCGCCCUAGGAGGCCUGAUGAUUUGUGGGAGUUUAUUGUGGAGCAUCGUUUCCAUCCGCGCGUAGUAGAGAUCCUCCAGACUUCGGGAUUAUAUACCAUUUUUCAGCUUGGACGGAUGCAGCUUGAUUGGUCGCUCAUAAUGUCCUUGGUAGAGCGGUGGCGACCGGAGACGCAUACAUUUCACUUGCCCACUGGAGAGGCUACUAUCACGUUGCAGGAUGUCCAGGUUUUAUAUGGACUGCGCAUAGAGGGGCGCGCCUUCACACUGCCCCACCACUGGAGAGGGAUGACACGUGCACAGUUGGCGGACAUGAUGGGGCAGUUGACUGGUUCGAGACCGCAGGGUGAUCGGGGUGGCAGUCGCGUGGCUUUAUCAUUCAUUAGAGAUCAGAUGGCGGUAUUGCACCCAGAUAUUACCCACGAGAUAGAGCAUCUUUGGAUUCAGCGUACACUCGGUUGGCGUUGCUCCUGCUUUUCGGGUGUGUCUUGUUUCCGGACAUAA